AUGCCCUCCCCGCCAUUAUCGCCCAUCCCCCGGCGGAUCAAUACCCCAUCCAUGGUGGAUCUGCUGUCCUCGCUCGAGCGGUCAUCUGAAGACGGACGCGGGUUCCCAGGAUGGCGAGACGCGCCGAGUCGACCAGACGAGGAAGGAGAGGUCGAGGACCUACUCGUACCGGUCGGUCCUGACAUUCGCACCACUUCACCGUCGCCACGGCGCUCGGAUAGGCUGAGUCCGCUAUCAGGAGGAACUUGUGGCAGUCCGCGUCAAGGUGAGCUAUCUUCUGCCCACGCUCCGAGCCGAGCCGACGCGCCAGCUGCUAUCCAACAUCCCCAGGACACCGGCCAGUCCGUAUCUACGAUCGACCAGGCCUUCGCCGAUAUCCACAGCACCCUCUACCAGCUGGCUUCAGGUCGUCCGAGCCCUCAGCCACACGCUCUUCCACUUCCUCCCAGCCCUAUCCCGUCCUCCAAAUCCUUAUCAUCCCCUUCCAGCCCUCGGAUCACCUCACGUCCCCUCGUCGGCCUUGGUAUAGGCACGACCGAUGGAUCCCGUCUCUUUCCCGACGAGCACAGCCGUCUCGAGGCGGUUACGGAGCGCACAGAACCUUCAUCCAAGUCCUCCAAAGGCAGUAUCCGGAACUCGCCAUCUCCCACUUUCGGUCCUCGUCUCCCCUUACCUACCCGCCAUCCCCUUCCUGCUACCCCUAUCAAGGCACGCUCAACCGCUAGCAACAAUGCGAGCCCCUCGAAAGCGUCCGACCUCAUCAAGAUGUUUGAGAAUCGGACGGGCGAUCGCCCACGCGUCACACCCGCGCAUACCGGUCCCGAGCGGUUCGAGCGGCCCGUCACCCCUCCUCCUCCUCCAUCCUCAUUCCGCCCACCUCCUAUCUACGGCUUUGAGCCACCAAUGCUCAAUCAGCCUUCACCGGAGAAUGUCGAAAGCCUUCACCCGGUCCGGUCUCGCUCGGCAUCCCCGCAAGCUUCGCCCGCUGCGACUUUCAAGUCGCUCGUCGCUAGUUGGCGAAACCGGUCCGGAUCGCCUAGUCAGCGCGUGAUCGGUACUCCAGGCAAAGCUACUCCCGGUCUCGCUAGAUCAGGGGGAUGGAACGUGUCCAUCCGCCGAAGGAGGAGGGACGAGGGGCAAGAAGUAGGAUUGGCGGAACGUGCGGAAGAUGCAGUGGAGGAUACUGCGAGAGCGAGGUUGCCCACUCCUCCUCCGGUCCCUCUGGUGGCUCCCCUACCGCUGAGCGCGACUCACCCGCCCGAUACGCAGGUCGAGCGUGCACCAUCCCUGCAGAGCUCGCGAGGCAGCGCUCCGAUCAUAUCCGGCGAGGCCAUCAAAGCAGGUACACUUUGGUAUCUGAACGUCCACGAUACUGUUCGAGCGCCAAACUACAUCUGGAUCCAGGCCGAUGCGAGGCUCUUCCCGACCGGUCUUCAGCUGGCUUGGCGGACGGAUGGGGGCGCUCAGGCGAUGGUCACGUUCGAUAUGGAGUUCUGCGAGGAGGUCGCGUCGACGUACAGUCCAACUCACCCGCUCGCGGAGGGCGACCUCGGAGCCAUGGCUGCCAGAGCUCAGGGCAACUUGGCGGAAGACCUCUAUCCAUUCAAGCUGGUCUAUGAUGACGGAACGGAGAGGCUCGGUUGUGACAGCGCUCGGGAAAGAGUCCGCUGGGUCAACGCUAUCUGGACGGUCCUCGAGCAGUCCCGCGGUCCCGCUCGUCAAUCCCUCCACGUUCAGCGCCCCACCUCCAUCUUCUCCUCCAGCGACGAAGGCUCCUUCUCAGCUAUCCGCGACACCAACUUCCUUCCCCACUCGACUAUCGACGAUGCCUUCAUCACCACUUCCGGCGGCUUCCAUGCGCCUCUCGCACACCGCGACUCGCGUCGUCUCGCUGCUGGGCGUCUGGAUCGGACUCGCUCCCUUCGUCGCGUCGCUUCCGAGGCGGACCUGUCCGACCCCGUCGCUCACGAGCAUGCGGAUCUGGACCGGUACUCUGCUGGGCCGCUCACUGCGGAGCUCGCUCGGUCUCGGCCCGUCUCGCGAGACUUUACAUUCGCGAGGGGACAAGCACCGCCCGCGCUCUCUCCUCCGCCGAUGUAUACCUCGCCGCUCAUCCCUGCCCCGUCGACCUUCCAGACUGCGCAGUCGGAGAUCACCUCGUACCAUACUCCAGCGGCCUCACAAUCUCAUCCUCCUUCGACUACCUUCACCUCCGCUCAAUCCGAGUUGUCGACGUAUCGGACUCCGGCGAGUCAAUCCACCUACCAAGCCACGGCGUACACCUUUGGCGAUGGCUCGUCGGUGGUCACUGCUCAGACUGCUCAGACGUACGUACCUCGAGGCCAAUACACCGCCGACCCCUCUAGCCCCAUCGAGCGAUCGGAGCGGACAUCGUACUUCACCCCGGCGGUCCCUUUGGUGGCGGUUCCUUUGGUGGCUAUCACUGGUGCUUCUCCACGUCAAUCUACGGCAUAUGGAAGCGCCGAGACCGGCUCGGAGUACCGUACCGCAGGAGAUAGCGGUCUAAGCGAGUAUCAGACCGCUCCAGCUGCUUCCUCCAAGCUCGGGUCUCCCUUUAUGCUCUCGGACGAGAAGGCGUCGGUCAAGGACAAGGCGUCAACUAAGGGCAAGGCGACCUCCCAGGGGUCCAGCACUUCGGGCUCGGAGAGGUCCUAUCAGACGGCUCCUCCCCCGGUCCCAUCCCGGGACUCGAAGUACAUGCCCUCUACCUUCGGCGCCGAAACCACCACCACCGCAGUACGGUAUCAGCUCCAUGACGCGCCCGUUCCAUCUCGGUCGUACUCGGACACCCGGUCGUACGGUACUGCCCCGCCCGCAAGUAUCACCGAGAUCUACGAGACGGCCGCCUCCAAGCCUACCGACUACUUUACCGCCCAGACCAAGUCGACCGAGUACUUUUCCGGCUCGCGCGCCCUCUCGUUCAGCUCGGAGAUGCAGGAGCGGGCCGAGACGGCGACCCAUAUCAGCGAUGGGACGGACUAUGAUCUCAUCGCGGACCUGGAACGCCAGUCUUCUGCCGGAAGUGCGCUAGUCAGGCGCCGUCCGACUGGAGCCCGGACGAGAUCGUACGACUCGGCUCCGUCCCGCAGUACGAUCCGAGAAGGGGCGCAGACGGUAUACCAGACGGCUGGCGAGUCGGCUUAUGCGACUGCUCCUUCUUGGCACGCGACAAGCUACUAUACUGCGCCAGACCCGGGGUCGUCAAAGCCCAGUAGUGCAUCUACCGCUCAGUCUACUACCAACGGAAGCAAGAUCAGGCGGGUCCCGGUACCGUCUAUCCCGCCGCCGAGUCCUUCUCAGCCAUCCUCGAUCCCCUCGUCCGUCCCGCCCUCGGAUCCGGGAACGGUUCCGUCGUACUCGGAUGGAACUGCGAAGACUCGAGCUGGAUUCGGGUAUGACCUGAGCCGCAUGAUGAACUACCUCCAAGGUCAAGAUGAGGCUCGGCAAGGUCAGACCACUCGGCUUGCUUCUCAGCUCGACCGCAUUGAGGGCAAAGUCAGCAAUAUCGCAGACAAUAUGGGUCCACCUCCGCUCCCCUCCAAGGGACCCCGAUCUCGCUCAUCCUCCUCUUCGUCCAUCGAGACUGCUCGUCCAGUCACUCCUCCCGCUUUUGUCGUCCCUCCUCUCGUCAAUGACCGGCUUGACGACAUGCAGCGGCUUCUCGGUCAACUCGUCGGGCAGAAUCGGGAUCUCAUGGACGAGGUCGCUCGGCGCCGGUCAUACGAGGUCGAGCUGCCGCCUAUGAUUGGUCCGCAGAAGCGACUGGAGGACAUGAUGCGUCGCAUCCUCCAGAAGCUUGGCGAUGACGAGUACGACGAGUACCCUCCUGCAUUUGGUCACAGUCCCCCUCCUUCCCCGCCUGGCUCGGUGUAUACUCGGGAUGGGUCGAUGUAUGGCGGUACCGGAAGCGUCUUCUCGGAGCGUCAAGACAAAGCUAGGGCGCCGGCUCCGAGCUUUACGUCCAGCCACGAUCGGCGCAAGCGGUUCAGCGGUGUCCCGGACUCGCUCCUUGACGGCUCGGUCGGCGGAGGCGAGUUUGACCACUACAAUCUCAACGAUCUGCCGCCGCAAGAUCCACCGCGCGAGCACAUCAUCCCCCAUGUCCAGGUCCCGCCUCAUCUCGCCAAGCACCGGCGGCAGCAGUCCGAGGCGCCUACUCCGAUCAUCCACCAGGCAAUACCCGAGGAGCCAGAGUACGAGGAAUCUAUCCCUGAAGAGCCGGAGCGCGAGAAGCCGAACCAGCAAGCUUAUGCCGAGACGGAGCCGGAAUCGCCUGACCUCCCUCCCAUCCCUUACAAGCAGGAUCAGUACCAGCAGGAUGACGAGACCCCGUCCGUCUACUCUGAUGACUUUGCUCGGGGACAGGCUCACCGCGGUCCCCCUCCUCAACCGGUCGAUCUCCCUACUCCUGUCAACUCUGCUCGGAACCUCCCCACCAACGGCGGCCAGUACAUGCCCGGCAUGUCUGGUCCGGGUAUGAUGGGUCCAGGCGGUCGUCCUCCUUUCCCUGGCAUGAUGCCCCCACCUGGGAUGAUGAACAUGCCUCGCCCGUCUUUACCGAGAAUCGCCGGUGUUCGCGAUCCCAUCUCUACCACUUACUUCCGACGCGGCUUCCCUCCUCCCGGUCCGAUGGGUAUGGGUCCCAUGGGCAUGGGCAUGUUCCCCGGUCCGAUAGGCAUUCCAGGUCCGAGAAUGGGGCCUUUCAUGCCUGGUCUUCGUCCCGGUCUCGGCGGCUUCGGCGGCCCCGUCGGUCCUAAUGUCGGCCCCGGUCUCCGUCGUCCUGGCUUCUUCCCUCCUGGUGUACCCGGUACUUCAGGCGGCUACGGUCUUCCCGCUGCGUCCCGAUACGGUCCCGGCGGUGUCUCUCGUCCUGGUCACCCUGGCGGUCUUACUCCGGAUACCGGCAUCGGGAACACUACCUCGGAAUCUUCGUCUUCGCCUUCUGCUACUACCGUCGAACUGGUCACCCCCGUCACUGCUCACAUACCCAUGGAACCCACUAUCGUACAGGCGCCCGGAGCUCAAGCUCCGUCGGCAGAUACCGAUGACAGCUUCCGCCGCGCUCUCGACAAUACCCAGACCCUUACCGAAGCGCAAGGUGUCCACCAAAACGAGAUGUCCCGCUUCAUGCACGGCCUUAGCGACCAGCUCUCUAGGAACCGGAACGCCAACGACCAGGAGCUCGGCCAGAUCCUCAAUGAGCUCGGUCGACUCCGGAAUGAGCUCAAACCCAAGCACAUUACGGGUCGGGUCUUACCGGACGGCACGGUCGUACUGGACAAUGGCGAUGUGGUGGAUGGUGUCCGCGGCGCUCCUUUGCCUGGCUCAGAACACCUCCCGCCCCCACCCCCGUCGGUGCCGCAUGUGGCUGGACGGGUAUUGCCGGAUGGAACGGUCAUGGCUGGAGACGCUAUUCUGGACGGGGUACGCGGUGCGCCUCAGCCUGAGUUGACCCUCGAGACAGUAUUGCCGCCUCAGCAGAUGAAGGAUCUGGAUCAGGAUAUGAAGCUCGCGGCCUUGAUGGAUAAAGUGGCUGAGCUCAUGCAACGGAGCGAGCAGCAGGCGAUAGACAACUCGUCCAUCCGUGCCCAGGCCACCCCGCACCACCACGGUAACGAUAUCAUCCGCGAAAAGACCACCACGAGGGAGCACGAGAUCAUCCGGGAGGGACACGGCUCGCAACAAGACGGUCAGGAUCACUUCCAUCCCAGCUUUGAGAUGGACAAUACCCCAGCUGCUGCGCCCGGAAUGGUCAUUACCGAGACUGUACCUGCUGGACCUGGCGCCACUACGACUACCACCUUCACCAAGAUCAAUCCUCGGACUGGCAAGCCCAUCUCUAUGCCUACGCCUCUAUCCCUCCAGCCUCGAGACCCCUCGCCUAUCCAGACACCGAUGGAUGCGGCUCAGGGUGGUCAUCUCAUCCGGGAAGAGCAUGAGGAGAUCGUCCAGCGUCCAGGCGGCGGACCACCUAUCACCACACACACCACUACUCGUACCUACGUCCACCCUGACGGCACCACUACUACCUCUGCCAACAUCGCGCCCACCCAAGGCCCGGCUGGUCCAGCUGGAGGUCUCAGCGACCCCGGCAUGUCCGCCAUGCCCGACUUCCCCGCCCCUGCUACCGGCGCUCAGUUUUCGGACCACGAGGUCAUAACCCAGGCGAAUAUGCCGGUCGUCAAGACGCAAAAGCAGACAACGGAGGAGCAUACGGUCGGUCCGAAUGGGGCGGUGGUGGACAAGACAUCAACGUCGUUCGAGCAGACCAAGCUGCCUACUGGAUCAGCGGGUGGGGUGCCUGCGAGCGGGAUGGCGAACGUACCUACGGCGAGCGGUCCCAGCGGAGCCGCUUCGGUGCCGGGAGCAGGUCCAUCAGCUGGACAAGCGGCGAACGUACCACCCGGUCCUGGCCCUACGACUGUCGCCAAUGUUCCGGCUAAGAAGGCGGACAAGCCGAUUUGGGAAACCAACCACCCCAAGCCGGUCACCACGAGCAACAAUGUCCCCUCAGGACCCGCCGCUCCCCCCGCUGCUGGCGUCUCUGCUCCAGCUGGCGCGUCGGGAGCCACGCCCCAAGGUACGGCCGGUCCAGGUCCAGCAGGUCCACCCCCUACAUCACUCUCGAACAUCCCGUCGGCGCCGGAUGCAGGCUCUGGUGCUCCAGCUGCCGGCGGCGCUCCAGCUGCGGGCAGUGUGCCCGCUGGUCAAUCAGCAGCUCCAGCCGGUAAACAAGGAUUAGGGGUAAGUUGGCUUCCUCAUCUCCCCGUGAGGGAAGCUAACGGUGCUCUCAAGAAUCAGCCGGCAUCGAAUACCCUCGUCAAGCCCGGCCCUAUCCAGCCCGGCAACGCGGUGUCGAAUGUCCCUCCUGCUGGCCAACCAGGUUCUUCCGCAAAUGUCCCUCCUACAUCCCAACCAGGUGCGAUGCCGCCUACGGCGGUCUCAAAUAUCCCCGCUGGGAAUGGCGCAUCCGGAUCCACCGUGCCUAUUCCUGUCCCGGUCGGUACCGGCGCCGCUCCUACUUCGACUACUACCACGACCAAGCCAGCAGGAACCGGUCUCCUCUCCAAGCUCCAGCCGUCCACGUCCACCGAGAAUAUCAAGACGGCUGGUCAGGGCCCGCCCAUCGUGCCCGGAACGCCCGGUCCGGACACUCGGCCGCUGAACGAUACGAACCACAAGCAGACCCGCUUCUCCGAUACUGCUGGCGUCUCUACAUCCCCUCCUCCCGCGGUGGAUACGGUACACAAUGUCGGAACCACCCCUGCUUCUCCCGCCAACAAGCUCAAGAAGCCUCUCCCCUCGGCCGGUACCGGUGCACCCGGAGCUCCUGGAGCACCGGCGGAAUCUUCUACCAUGGGCAACAUCCCCGGUACGUCUGGACCAGCUGCAGGUGUAUUUGGCCCUGCCCAACCAGGCCAACCAGGCCAGCCUGGUCAGACCGCUCCGGGCGGGAAAGGCGGAAAGAACGCCUCGGCUCCGGUCGACAUCAUCACUCCUCUUCCUGCGCCACACCAGCUCGAGGAGGUCAUUCUCCCGGACGGGACCGUCGCGUAUGUCAAGAGGGCGGACAAGGCAAAGGUCGACGAGAGCUCCAAGCUCAAAAAGACCGACAAGACCUCGGCGACGGCAGCGACUGGCGCUCCGUCCGGUAUACCCAUGAACGAGUCGGCGACGGGUCAUGGACACUGCAGUGUGUGCUGCCCUUCUGCGCCCAAGACCAACAUGGGCCAGCCCGUCCAGCCCUGCGCGCAUCAGGAUGGGCCAACCGUGGUUGCCCUCGGUGGUCCGCCCGGUGUGGGCGCCAACAAGCCUGGUGCGGCAAAGAUCACCAAGCCUGCGCCUGGCGGUACAACCGUGGUCACUCCUGCCCCCGCUGCGGUGCCCGAUGUCAACGUCACGGACGUCAAUAAUGUCGGACCUGGAUCGGUGGAUACUGCAGGUCAAUGGAAGAAGGGAGGCAAGCCGAUACCUGUACCUGUACCGGGCGGAGCGGGGCCGGCGAUGAGUGGGGAGCAGAAGAUGGAGGAGGCGAGGAAUCUUGCUGUCAAGCAGAAAGCGGCAGCUGAGCAAGCUGCGGCGGAGAAGGCUGAAAGAGACGCCGCCGUUAAAGCCAAGGCGGACAAGGCGAAGCUACAGGAUGACCGGCACAAGGCCAACUUGGAUGCGCUGGGAAAUCUGCAGAAGCUUCUGGAAUCGAUGGCGAAAGAUCAGAAAGACCGGAGCACAUCGACCGAUAAACGCCGCACCGACAAGACUGCCCGGGACAAGAAGUUCCAGGAUACGCUCGACAAGCUUAUCGUCCAGAAGGAUGAGGGGAAGAAGAAGGAGGAUGAUAAGACCAAGAAGGAUAAGGAGGGGACGCAGGCGGUAUUGGAUGCUAUUCAGACUUUCGGUAAACAGGAGAAGGAAUUCCUUGACCGGUUGGCGAAGGGUAUCUUGGAACAGAAUUCGAAGCAGCACGAAGAGACGCGGAAUGCUUCGAAGUUGCAUGCGAGGGAGCAGGUUGGGUUCAACUUGGCGGGAUACCUUGACGAUUUCUCGAAGUCGUUGUCUGGGGAGGUACGGUCGUUGUUGCAUGAGGUGUCGGGCCUGAGGGAGACGAGACGGGCGCUGUACUACGAGCUUGCGGAGUUGCUUCUGAUGAAGGGUCGGCAGUCAGCUGGCGAUCUCAUGGCAAUCAUGCCCUACCCGACCAAACCGCCAGCCAACCCCGCUGCGAAGGGCGGAGCUCAACCUGCCAAACCAGCCGGAGACAACAAGGGCGGGGGCGGUGGCGGCGGCGGAGGAGGAGGCGGAGGCGCGGGCGGAGGCAAGCCUGGCGGUAUCCCUGCAUGGUCAGCGUGGCAGCCUCCCAUGGGGCCAGCGACCGGCAUGCCCCCCAUGCAGGUCUUCCCACCUGGCGCUCCUCGACCGCUCCCUAUGCCAGGGAUGGGACCGAUGGACAUGUUCAAUAUGGCGGGCGGAGCUGUUCCGGGCCCACCACCUCCUUCUGGUAAUCGACCCCUUCCUCAGGUGUGA